AUGGAGGGAGGAGGAGGAUUAAUACCAACCAGGUUUAGCGAUGUCGGAUCGGUUGAGCUGAACCAACUAUCGACAUCGUCAGGCGAUGUUCAUGUCGAGAUGAACCACGACUACCAACUAAUGAGUACAUCGUCUAUAUCUGUGAAGUCAAAGAAGGAUGGGGACGAUAAAUCCCUGGAACAAGAUAGGGGAGAGUCUACAGCCCUGUGUCACGCAUGCGCAUCUGGUAACAAGGAUGGUGCUCUGCUACUUAUCAACGAAGGAGCAAAUAUCUUCAUUUCUGAUAGACAUGGAGAUCUACCAUUACAUAUAGCAAUACGGCAUUCACAUACUGAGAUCGUGAAGGCAUUGCUAGAGGAUGGCCUUCGCGAUGGACAUAUAACCAAGCAAGGUGCUAAGGUAAAUUGUGUGAACAAGGACCUACACACCCCCCUUCAUCUAGCGUGCAUAGGGGACCAUGGGGACACAGCACGGUUUCUUGUUGAACAUGGUUGUGACGUCACAUUAGAAGAUUACUCUGGAUUGAAUGCUCUCCAGUUGGCAGUCAAUCACGAUAGUUUCAACUCUCUAAUGAUACUACUCAAUACUACUGGACUUCAACCACAUAUAGCCAAAGAUGUCCUCAUCUGGUCUGCUGAGCAGAAUAAGGCACAGGCUUUCAAAAUGGUAAACAGUGUCAAGAAACUUCCUAAUCUGAAUUCACAUUCUACCAUGAAAUAG